CUCUGUUAAAGGGAAGACGGAAACUCAAGAAAAUUAACACCUGGAUUGCUUAAAGGACUGUACCUCAAUAAAUUAUACCUAAUCGAGGAAGGAUUAAAUAAGCUGUAAACGUUGUAACUGACGUUCCAAUAAUUCUGUUGGGUGUCUGUUGUCUCAUGAUGGAGGAUAACGGUGCACAUUUCUUCGAGGGGACCGAGAAGCUGCUGGAGGUGUGGUUCUCUAGUCAGGACGAGACCAAAGGGACCGGGGACCUCCGCACCAUCCCGAGGUUUGAGUGGGACAAACUUUUGGAAAAUGUGCAUUGUUUGAUCAUAAGUGUGACAAAGACUGACAAGCAGGAAGCUUAUAUACUCAGUGAGAGUAGCAUGUUUGUCUCCAAGAGACGUUUCAUUUUGAAGACAUGUGGAACCACCCUCUUACUCCAAGCACUGGUGCCUCUGCUGGAGCUCGCCAGGGAGUACUGUGGCUUCGAUGCCAUUGAGAAUUUCUUCUAUUCCCGUAAGAACUUCAUGAAGCCGGCCCACCAGGAGUUCCCUCAUCGAAACUUUCAGGAGGAAGUAGAUUUUCUCAGCCAAAUUUUCCCAAAUGGUGCAGCCUACUGCAUGGGACGUUUGAACUCUGACUGCUGGUAUCUGUUUACCCUGGAUCUGCCAGAGUAUUGGGAGAACAAGCAAGCAGAUCAGACGCUGGAAGUUUUGAUGAGCGACCUCGACCCAGCCAUUAUGGACCAGUUCUACAUGAAAGACGGUGUUUCCGCAAGUGAGGUCACUCGUAGGAGUGGAAUUCGUGACCUGAUACCAGGUUCUGUGAUCGACGCCACAAUGUUCAACCCUUGUGGAUUCUCAUUGAACGGAAUGAAGACUGACGGAACUUACUGGACCAUCCACAUCACUCCGGAGCCAGAGUUCUCCUACGUCAGCUUUGAGACCAACCUGUCCCAGACGUCCUAUGAUGAUUUGAUCAGGAAGGUCGUUGAUGUGUUCAAGCCAGGAAAAUUUGUGACUACACUUUUUGUCAAUCAGAGCUCCAAGUGUCGCAGUGUCUUCUCUUCAACCCAGAAACUCGAGGGCUUCAAGCGCCUUGACCGCCAGUUGGCUCAGUUCAACGAUUACAAUUUUGUCUUUACAAGCUACGCCAAGAACCGCCAGCAGAACCAGCAGAGCUGAGGGUUGAGGAUGAAGAAGA